UUUUAAAUUCCAAUUUUUUUACUUUUAUUCUCCCAUUUACUAUAAUUUUACUCUUCCACAGAUGCUUUUCCUUCGACGUCAAUUUUCUUUGCGUAGAUGGUUGGCAAUAUUUCAACUUUGUGUUGGUCUUGCACUUGUUGAGUUAGAUAUUUCCAAAUUUCACAAAAAUUUAAAAGAAGAAAAUAAUUUGGUUAAUAAAAUUGAAAGAAAUUCGUUAACUGGUUUAUUUUGUGUUUUUUGUGCUUGUAUUACUUCGAGUUUUGCUGGAGUUUAUUUUGAAAAAAUGUUGAAAGAUGGGUCUUCAAAUACUUGUUUUUGGAUUAGAAAUCUACAAAUGUAUUUUUGUGGUGUCAUUUCUGCUCUUUUAGGCUGCUUUCUGAAGGAUUAUGACCAAAUUUUUGAACGAGGAUUUUUGUUUGGCUACAAUAUUAAAGUUGUUUGCAUAAUUCUUUUUUUGUCAUUUGGAGGAAUUUACAUUUCACUUAUUAUGAAACAUUUGGAUAAUCUUUAUAAAAGUUUUGCUUCUUCCCUGUCAAUUAUAAUGGUUGUCAUCUUUUCCCUAAUAAUUUUUGAUAAUUAUCAUGUAACCUUUUUAUUUGGAUUUGGUGCCUUGUUGGUUUGUUUAUCUGUGAUUUUAUAUAAUAGUACUGAAAAAUAA